ACUGCCGCCGCUGCCGCCGCCGCCGCCGCCGCUGUGAGCCUGGGGAUCGCUGCUGCGUGCCCUUCCUCCCCGUCCCCAGCUGUGCCGCGUGCUGUGCUGAGGGAGGAGAGGGAGCGAGGGUGCAUGGUGCCACCUAUCUCCAUCCCCAGACCCGUUGCCUUUCGGGCUGCAUCGGCCCCUGGUGUCAUUUCACUCCCCUCGGAUUCUCGCUCCCCUCCGCCCCCUUCCCGGGCCAAACAUGAUAUUGACCAAGGCCCAGUACGAGGAGAUAGCUCAGUGCCUCGUGGCUGUGCCACCUACCAGGCAGAGCCUGAGGAAGCUGAAACAGAGGUUCCCCAGAAACAUAUAAAGAGAACACAUGCUAAACAUCAUACUGCGGAGGCUAUCGAAACUUAUUAUCAGAGGUACCUGAGUGGAGUGGUGAAAGAUGGAACAGCCCCUGUGCUUUUGGAACUGGCCAAUGAGGUGGAUUAUGCACCUUCAUUGAUGGCUCGAAUAAUACUGGAAAGGUUCCUACAAGAGCAAGAGGAAUCUCCACCCUCCAAGUCUGUUAUAAAUAGUAUGCUGCGGGACCCUUCUCAGAUUCCAGAUGGAGUUCUAGCAAACCAGGUCUAUCAGUGUAUCGUGAAUGACUGCUGUUAUGGACCACUGGUGGGCUGCAUCAAACAUGCUAUUGGGCAUGAACAUGAAGUCCUGCUGAGAGACUUGCUUCUAGAAAGAAACCUGUCUUUUCUAGAUGAAGAUCAACUCCGUGCAAAGGGUUAUGACAAAACACCAGACUUCAUUUUAGAAGUACCGGUUGUAAUGCUUUGUCCCUUAGCUCUCGAAGGGCACAUAAUUCACUGGAUUGAAAGCAAAGCCUCAUUUGGUGAUGAAUGUAGCCACCAGGCCUACCUGCACGACCAAUUCUGGAGCUACUGGAACAGAUUUGGUCCUGGAUUAGUGAUCUAUUGGUAUGGAUUCAUUGAGGAGCUGGAUUGUAACCGAGAAAGGGGCAUCUUACUCAAAGACUGCUUCCCCACUGACCUUGUCACCCUAGGCCAGAGCAUAGUUCAGCCCUGAACCAUACUGGAAAUGACGCGGGGAGGAAGCGGUGAAUCCGGAAGCAAUUUGACUUUCUCAAAGUAUAAACUGCUGGCAACAUCUGCCCUGAACUUCAGCUGAACUCCUGCUGCCCGUGGUCACACCAGUACCUCUUCAGACAAAUAUCAAGAGUUUCUGUUUUGUUUCAUCCCUUGUUGAUGUGAGCAGCUAAGAACUACAGACAUAACCCACUCAUUAUCAGCAUUUCUGUCUCUGUCAAACAGUUGGUUUAUAGAUAGUCAUAAUCUUUCUUCCUUCCGGAUGGUUUCUCCUUGCCUGUAGAACAAAAGAAAAAAUGUGGAGACUGAAAGGUGUGAUUUUCAAUUCUCCUCCUGGCUGCAGAAUCACCCCUUUUAUUAUUUUUUUUUCAAAGCUUCUAUUCAUUUUCUCUCCUUUCUCCUUUUCUCUUCCUAUAUACAUAUAGAUAACCAGUAUUUUAUUAAGGUAAUGGGCAGAUCUAGUUCAAAACAAGAACCUUUUCCCCCUCUCCCUUCCAAAAAGCUAAGAAAUGAUGUAUGAAAAUAUGAUUUCACUCUUUACUAGAACAGUCCAUUGUCAUCAGGUGGCACAGGGCAUAAGGCGGGCGUUAUGCUUAGAAGCUACAUUGUCCACUCUGAACAGAGUUUCCUGACUUGAGUGGCAUUUGGCCAAGCUGUGAGCAACAUUUUAUGUGAAUUUCCUCUUUUUUUACAGGAACAUCUGAACAUCAAACGUGUUUAUGAUGAUCAAUUUCAAACAUUUUUCAGCACCACAAUUACAGUGCAUCUACAUUAUUACACUGAUUUUAGGGAUUGACAUUUGAAGGGAGGCAACUUAGAUCCAAUUAGAGGUUCAGUCAAAAGAUUAAUUUAAAAUAUGCUGGGGGUAAGCAGGUGUGUUGUCCAGUGCUUAUGGGAAUAAAAAAUAAAAACCAAAGUCUGCUCUCUGUUUUCUACUUGUCUCUCUGAUUAAGCAAAUUGCCCUAAUAAGUGUAUCAAUCUAUUAGUAGUUAAAUAUACAAUUUUAUAAAUCUUAUUCCAAUCCCCACAAUUGCCUGGCAGAAGUUCUUUUUGAAAAAUUGGAUAUUUUGAGCUGAAGAAGAAAUGGAUAGAUGAUCACACAAAAAAAAUUACAUAUUUGGGUAUUGUUUUUAGUUGUCAUCAUUUUAAAGAGAGAAAAAAACAUUCUUCCCCCAUCUGCCCCACUGUUUUCUACUUUUAAUUAGAUACCUUGUAGAGCAGGUUUCAUUCUACAAGCAAAACGCCAAAAGAUGAAUUAUAACCCUCUCAUUUAGAAACCCAAGACCAUCCAGUUACACCCAUAGCCACUGUGAGUAGUCAAGGUGUAUCGGUUCCCAUGAUGACAGAUUAAUUUCUAAGCAGAGCCAUUCUUGUAAAUAUGUAGCUUUGAAAAUAUUAAUUAAAAUGUUACUUUUGCAAAUGUCUAGAACUCAUUUCCAUUCCUCACCUCUCUCAAAGAUUAACUCUGGUUUUAUCUUUUACCCUUCUGGCAAAAAUCUUCAGAUUACUGUGAAUAGUAUUGAGAAAUAAAAGACAAGAAUGGGAAAAACAAUAAGACUUUGUUAACUAUUUUCAUCUAAAUGGUUUCCAUUGUAAUCCUUUGUAUUUUAUUUUAUGCAUUUAAAAAACAUAACUCUGAGAAGAGGUCCACUAGACUGCCCAACACAUACAUGGCCCCAAAAUGUUCAGAACCCCAUCUUUAAUAUAAAAUGUUUUAAGCCAUACUUUCUCUCCUCCCCCCCUCCCCAAAAAAAAGUGUUUGUGAGAUUCACUCAUUAGAGCUGAAUUUUCUUCUUUAGGAAUGUUAAAUUUAUCUAAACAGAUGCUGAAAAUCCUGUUAGACCUAGUCAAAGAUUUGUUUGUUUUACAUUAAACAAAUUUAUGAUAAAGGUACACAAAUAAAUAAGA